GAUGACCAGAGAACUGGGGACAUAGUACAGGAGAUGACCAGAAUCUGCGGACAUAGUACAGGAGAUGACCGAGACUGCGGGGACACAGUACAGGAGAUGACCAGAGACUGCGGACACAGUACAGGAGAUGACCAGAGACUGCGGACACAAGUAACAGGAGAUGAUCAAGAGACUGCGGACAUAGUAAAGGGGACGACCAGAGACUGCGGACAGUACAGGGACGACCAGAGACUGCGGACAGUGCAGGAGAUGACCAGAGACUGCAGACAUAGUACAGGGGACCACAACCGUGGGAGACUGCGGACAGUGCAGGUGAUGAAUUUCACAGAGACUGCAGACAGUGCAGGGGAUGACCAGAGGACUGUGGACAGUGCAAGGCAUGACUAGAGAAUGCGGA